AUGGCACCGAAGGGCAUCAUCACAGACCAAUGCAAGUCUAUGUUUGGUGCAAUUAAGAAGGUCCUUCCCAAUACACGACAUCGAUGGUACAUAUGGCAUAUAACAAAAAAGAUACACAACAAGCUUGGAGGUUAUUUUAGGUUCAAAGAGUUGAAUGCUGAGUUGAAUCACAUUAUAUGGAACUCUAAGUCGGUUGAGAAUUUCAAGGAUCAAUGGGCUGAGUUCAUUGAUGAGUUCAACUUACAUCACAACAGAUGGCUAUCAGAUCUGUUUGAGGACCAACACAUGUGGGUACCUAUCUUUUUCAAGGGUCAAUUCUGGGCUUCCAUGAGGAGUACGCAGUGGAGUGAGGCCAUCGAGAGACGAUUUCAAAAAGAGUAUACCAACGAGAUGUUUAGGGAUGUCCAAACCGAGUUUGGCAAGAAGGCUAAUUGUACUAUUCGUGCCGUGGAAGAACAGGGCGACUCCGCUAGGGUAAAAGUGGAAGAGAAAAUACUAGUCUAUGAGACGACUCGAUAUGUUACGUUUGACGUCCAUUUUGACCGUUCGACUCACAAAGUUCGAUGUGAUUGCAACUUGUUCGAGAGUGCAUGUAUAUUAUGUUGCCACUGUCUUGUAGUACUUUCAUCUUACAAAGUUAAUGAGGUGCCUUCCUGCUAUAUUUUACCUCAUUGGAGCAAGAACAUAAAGCGCAAGCACACCUACAUUAAGAGUAGCCACGACGUUAGACGUCCAAAUGAAAGCCACAACAUAUUCAGAGGGUUGUGUGCACAUUUCUACAACGUUGCGCAGGAAUUCGUGGACUGUGAUGAUGAGACAGACAUGCUGCAUAAUGUUCUAGAGGAUGCAAGGGCCAAGCUAGUAGAUUACCGUGGCAGGAUGCGGAAAAACACUGUCGCUACUGCACACAAUAGCAUCAUCACAGACCCUUCAACCGUUUUUGGCACAGAGGACAUUCAAGCCCCAUCAAAGGUAACCACUAAGGGUCGUCCAAAAGGCAAAAGGCUAGGAUAUGAGUUGGAUAAAUCAAUCAGAAAAUCCAUGCAGAGAAAGCGGAAGAGUUUACGCAAGGAUAAUCGUGUAACAUCUGCUGCAAAUCAAGAUUCGGAGGCUUCUGCUCAGCAGAUUGCUAAGAAAGGACUUAGUGGAUUCAUGUCGCUGUUAAACUCCUUUGACCAUACCUAG